UUAUGUUGGUGUAGAGUAGAUCCCAAGCUUUUUUAGGCAAAUCUUAUCCGAUGACGGCUCCGUCCUCAACUCUCUCACAAUCACAUCAUUUUUCGUUUUUAUUUUUACCCAUUUCUCAGUAAUUAACAUAAGAAGCUGAAGCUUUCUAGCUAUCUUCACUUCAUUACACUUGCACACAGACGAAGACGAAGAAGACGAAGACGAAGAAGACGACGACUACACCUGAAGAUGGAGUUCCUCAACAGCCUCUGGGACGAGACCCUUGCGGGGCCGGCACCGUCUCCGGAAGUGGGUCUCGCCAAGCUCCGUAAGUACUAUUCUUUUUCAGGCGUCGGAUCCACCACCCCGUUGAUGAACAUCACUGCUGCUCCCGACGAAGCCUCUAUCUCUAGGACCGUCACUAUCCUCCGAUCCAGUCUGGAGGAUUUCCGCCACCCCAGGGUGGACUUGGAUUCGCCUCCGUCUUCUCCGGCCGUCCCCACCACCCCUACGUCUCCAUUUUCACCCACCACUCCUUCGGCGGAUUUCGAGAGGUUGACGAGGAGAAAAUCGACGCCGGAGCGAUUGGAAAGCGAGGUGCCCAGAACUAGAAGCCCCACUGUUUAUGACUGGAUUGUGAUGAGUGGUCUGGAUUGUUGAAGUUGAGGCAGCAAGCGACGAUUUCGUCUCCUUUGUAAUGAAGAAUUGGAUGACGAAGCUGUGGGUGUACAGAGAAAGAAACCAAUGCGCUUUAAUUUCCUGUUUGAUAAAAUAUUGUCUCACUCGUUAAUUAGCUAACUGUUAUUUAACUUACUUUAUAGCGCAUUUGUGAUUAUUUGUGUGUGUGUGUGUGUGUUUUGGGUGGCCUUAUUUUCUGUUUCGCGUUACAUGAAAUGACUUUCACACACGUAUUUGUUUGUUAGG